GUAUCCACUACAUCCUCAUUACCUAAACUACCAUUGUCGUGCUCUGGUUGGAAAUAGAUAUACGUAUAAUCGGACAAACAUACACCACUGGCCUCCAUAUCCUCGACAGACCAAUAAGUUCUCUAGAAUGCCAAUUGAAGGGAAAUUCUCAUCCAUCAAAGUCCUUGUCACCGGGUUUGGCGUGUGUUCUGCAAUUCUCUCCUCCACAUCAACGCUAACCGACCCAGCCUUUCCUUGACAUAACCAGAAACCCUUCCUGGGAAAUCGUCAGAAACCUUCCAUCCACCCUGUCCUCCACCAAUGGCUCUCCAAUUUCGCUGAUAAUCCCUGAUGCGCCGAUUCCUGCAGCAUACCACAAGUUGCUCGCGGAAUCUUCCAGCCUGAUUGCAAAACAUGAGCCGCAUAUAGUCUUGCAUAUGGGUCUGGCGGUUGACAGAGACUAUUUCGCUGUGGAACAGAGCGCGCUCAAGGAAGGGUACCACGAUAUACCAGACAUCGAGCGCAAGGUUAUCACGCGUAUGGAGAACAAGAAGCUCUUUGGCAAAGCGCCAUCGUCGUUGGCCACCUCGCUUGAUCUGGAACCUGCGGUGUCUGCAUGGCAGACUGCAUGCGGCCGAUUGAGUCUUCCGUCGAAAGAGCAAGGCUCAUCCAAGGGCAAGGGAACCGGGAAAUCAAAACAGGAGAAGAGAAAGGUCGACGUGAGACUGAGCGAUGACGUGGGGACCUAUGUGUGUGGCUUGAUUUAUUUCUCGAGCCUAGUGGAGAUGCAGAAGCGGACCGGAAACCGGGAUGUUGUGUUCUUCCAUGUCCCUCAGUUGACUGGAGGUGGAGAAGUCGACGUCGGGAUCGAAGUCACGAAAGAACUCGUCGUUGCGCUUGUCGAUGUGUGGGAGGCAAGGACGUAAUUCGCUUUCUCCAGGAACAAUACGACAUUGCUCAAAAUUAACGACCCAUGUGGGGGGUCUAUGGACGAAUCAAGCUGGCAGUUUUCGUGGUCUGCGUUGCAGGCAUCGCCCCAACGAUGAAUGUCUGGAUAGAGGUCAUGGUUCCUCGUACUCGUCUUGUUGAGAGUGUGCUCGAAUUUAAUUGCAGGGGCUGUUUUCUUCUUAAGAGAGAAACGAACCCAAAUGCCGCUGUCUCGAGGUUCCUGUCAAGUCGAUUAGAGUCCGGCCUCAUAAUG